AACCCUAUAAAAAUACAAUACAUAAAUAUUGAAAUUUGAUAGCGAUAGUUUAGUCCUCUAUGAAUGCGAGUCCCUCAUAUUUACUCCUUUUGGCAUCCACUGUUUUUAUCUCUCUCUUACACAACUUGAUAUGUCUCUUUGCGUCUCCUUCUUUCUGUAAAUCUUUCUUUUAUUAUACUUUUUUGUAUCCAAAAGCAUAAGACAAAAAAACAAACAAAGGAAGAGAGAGAAAUAUCUAGUCACGAUGUCGGAUUUUCUUGAAGAGUGUGAAUUUGUCGACACUUCACUAGCCGAAGAUGAUCUAUUUGCUAUCUUAGAGAGUCUUGAAGGCGCCGGAGAGAUAUCUCCAACGGCUGCAUCUACACCUAAAGAUGGAGCCACAAGUUCCAAAGAGUUAGUAACUGAUCCAAACUAUGAAACUCCAUCUCCUAAGAAGAAGAGGAAAAGACUAGAAACCGAGAAAGAAGAUGAAGAAGAAGAAGACGGAGAAGAAGAAGAGAAUAAGCAACAAAAGAUGUCUCACGUAACCGUGGAACGCAACAGGAGAAAGCAAAUGAAUGAGCACUUAACCGUUUUACGUUCUCUUAUGCCUUGUUUCUACGUCAAAAGGGGGGACCAAGCAUCGAUAAUUGGAGGAGUUGUGGAAUACAUUAGCGAGCUACAACAAGUUCUUCAAUCUUUAGAAGCCAAGAAACAACGUAAAACAUACGCAGAAGUUCUUAGCCCGAGACUAGUCCCGAGUCCUCGCCCUUCACCACCUGUCCUAAGCCCGCGAAAACCACCUCUUAGCCCGCGUAUCAGCCACCAUCAUCUCCUUCUCCCUCCUAUAAGCCCUCGAACCCCUCAGCCUACAAGCCCAUACCUGGCCCAUGCUCCGAAACUACCCCUCAUCCCACAGCCUCCUCUUCGUUCUUAUAGCUCAUUGGCCGGUGGUAGCAGCUUAGGGGACCCACCUCCAUACUCUCCAGCUUCAUCUUCUUCCUCUCCUUCAGUUAGUAGUAUCCGUGAGAGUAGUGUGAUAAAUGAGCUCGUCGCUAACUCUAAGUCGGCUUUGGCUGACGUGGAAGUGAAGUUCUCAGGAGCUAAUGUGCUGCUCAAAACGGUGUCGCAUAAGAUCCCUGGACAGGUUUUGAAAAUAAUCGCUGCUCUUGAGGAUUUGGCUCUCGAGAUUCUUCAGGUUAAUAUUAACACCGCCGACGAAACCAUGCUUAAUUCUUUCACCAUCAAGAUUGGAAUUGAGUGCCAACUAAGUGCCGAAGAACUGGCUCAACAAAUUCAGCAAACAUUCUGCUAGUAAAAGAAGGAUUAAAUACAUCUUCCACAUAAAUCCUAACAAGAGAGCAGUACGUUCUCACUUCCUUUCCUUAUUAUCCUUUAAUUUGUCUUCAAACCUUCUUACAGAUGUAUGCAGAUAUUGAAUAAAAUUGUUAUUUUAGAUUGAAAACAAAUAUUGAUUAAGUUUGACUAAUAUAAGUGAGGUUAUAAAGUUACCAGCUUCAAAUAUAACAGCGUCAUCACAUGUUUUUAUUUUAUUUUUAAGUUUAGAAUUAUAGAGUAACAGUACUCUCUGCAUAUGAAGACAGUGAAUUAAAAGAGCAACAUUAUUGGUUAGUCUCUAAAAACAAACAUCUACAAAAAUUAAUAUUAUUAUUUUAAUACAAUUUAUCUAUAUAAUUCAAUUUAAUUUUCUAAAAUAAAAUAAAAUGAUCAAUAAGUGGACACAUGGCAGUAAAAGUUCUAAUGAAUUUCCUAUAAAGUCUAAUUCUAAAACCUCACUACACUCUAUAUUGAUAAAGUCCAAAACAUUAAAAAAAAUUAUAUUCUACGGAAAAUUUUGUUCUAAAACUUAUCAAAUAAAAAACUUUCAAAUUUAACUAAAUUUUCAAAUUUUGUUCUACGGAUAAUAAAUUUUAUAUUCUACAGAAAAUGGCAUAGUAGAAAUUAAAUUUCAUAUUUUGUUAGGCAAUUUACUUUUAUUAAGUGGAAAUGCAAGUUCACAUGUUUUCAAAUUUUGCUUUUUAUAAUUUUUUUAUUUUAUUAGAGUAAAAUUUUAAUUCAAAUAAAAUUAAAAUUGUAAUAUAAACAUGGAAUAUAAUAUGUAAAUAGAUAAUUCUUUAACACCUUGACUCUGUUUAAGCCCUAAGUAUAUCUAUCUAUGCUCUCAUUCUUUAUAAAUCACAAUUUCUUACAUUGAUUUUAAGUAUAUUCUAAAUUUUAUACCAAACUUUCAUAUGUCAAUUACUUUUGAUAAGUUUUUAAUAUCUAUUUUUUUGGUUUCUUUUCAUUUUACAUCAACUAAUUAUUUUUAUACUUAUAUUUUCAAAAUAUACCCAUUCAACCUUUUCCAUUUUUGAUUCAAUAGAAAAAUAUUUUUUGUUUUUAAUUAUAAAUUAAUUUAAAAUAAUUAUUAUUUUGUUAAAAUACAGAAAGUUAUUAAAAUUUUCAGAAUAUAUUUCUAAAAAGUUUCAGAAACUAUUUCUUAAAACUUACAAAAUUUUAUUUUUAACAUUUUAUAAAUUUUUAAAAGAAAAUUUAUAAAAUUUCCUAACUAAAUUUUGAUCUGCUUUUUAAUUCCUAAAUUUUACAUUUACCUGAUUUAGUAUAGUAUAGAGAACUUUUGUAACUAAAAAUGGAAAACUACUAUAAGAAAGAUUGAAUUUUUACAAAUUCUUAAUUCUGUUUAACCUUUUAGUUUAUUUGCUUUAGAUAAUUAUAUGGAUGUCGAUUUUUAGAUAAAAAAUGUUAAAAUGACGCAGUUGAACAUGUUAUGUAUUUAAGUAAGUAAAAAUAAUUAGUUAAAAUAUUAAAAUAAGCAACAUAAAACUUUUU